AUGUGUGGAGAAACCAACCGUCCAACCUUCGGGGGGACUAUCGCCGUCCUCUUCCCACAAGAGACCCAUUCGAACUCGAGCGCAUCGGAGGCAUCAUUGUCUUCAUCACCAGGAUCAGUAUCCUCAUUCUCAUCGUCGUCAACCACCUCAAUGUCAUCAUAUUCUCUCUUCUUCCGCGAUGCGGAUGCAACGAACCAGAAAACAAGAGCAAUCCUCCGAACUGAAGACCCAGAGACAUAUCGUGCCCUUCGUGGAUAUGGGAAUGUUGAUAUGCGCAUUGAAAAAUACGGCGAUAUCUCUACCUCACAGUCAAGCUCUCCGCUUUACCAAUUCCAAUUGGACAUGAAGCAGGAUAAGAACUUGCAAUCGGCUCAUCCGACGGAAAUGGAAUUCGAGCUGCCCGAACGGCUGGACCUGGGCGUCUCGGAGAAGGGUGUCAUUGGUCGACAAGUCACAGUGAGGGAGCAAGGGGGUUCAAUCCUGGGGAUUGGGGUGGUUGGGUACAAUUGA